UUCCCGGGCUCGGCUUUGCCGGGAGCCUCCUGGAAGGGAAACAAUGGGGCGGAGGGCACUGCGGUAGCCGCCGCCGCCACCGCGCCGGACCCGCUCGGCCUCCCGCGACUGGCCGCCGCCGGGACCGCCCUGAGAACAGGCUAUGUAUUCCUCUGAGAAACCCUGGACAGUAGAUUUUGGUUUAAUACUGGAUUGGUACAACACACAGAGACUUUUCCAGUCAUGAAUUCGGACCAGGAUGUAGCACUCAAACUUGCUCAGGAACGAGCUGAAAUAGUUGCUAAAUAUGACAGGGGACGAGAAGGUGCAGAAAUUGAGCCUUGGGAAGAUGCUGAUUAUCUUGUUUACAAAGUCACUGACAGAUUUGGCUUUUUACAUGAGGAAGAGCUCCCGUAUCACAAUGCAGCUGCUGACCGGCAAAAGCAACUGGAAAUUGAAAGAACUACCAAAUGGCUGAAAAUGCUGAAAGGAUGGGAAAAAUAUAAGAACACUGAGAAGUUUCAUAGACGAAUUUACAAAGGAAUUCCACUCCAGCUCCGAGGUGAAGUCUGGGCUCUUCUUCUUGAGAUCCCUAAAAUGAAAGAAGAAACAAAAGACCUUUAUAGUAAAUUAAAACACAUAGCACGGGGUUGUUCACCUGAUAUCAGACAAAUAGACCUUGAUGUGAACCGCACAUUUAGGGACCACAUUAUGUUUAGAGACAGAUACGGUGUGAAGCAACAAUCUUUAUUCCAUGUUCUUGCGGCAUAUUCUAUCUAUAAUACGGAAGUCGGGUACUGUCAAGGGAUGAGCCAGAUAACGGCCCUACUCCUCAUGUACAUGAACGAGGAAGAUGCUUUCUGGGCCUUGGUUAAACUCUUCUCAGGCCCCAAACAUGCUAUGCAUGGCUUUUUUGUCCAAGGUUUUCCUAAACUUUUGAGAUUUCAAGAACAUCAUGAAAAAAUUCUGAAUAAAUUUCUGUCCAAACUUAAGCAACACUUGGAUACUCAAGAAAUCUACACAAGUUUUUAUACAAUGAAAUGGUUUUUUCAGUGUUUUCUUGAUCGAACUCCCUUCACACUGAACCUCAGGAUAUGGGACAUCUAUAUCUUUGAAGGAGAGCGAGUUCUUACAGCUAUGUCUUACACGAUCUUGAAAUUACACAGAAAACAUCUAAUGAAAUUGUCUAUGGAAGAACUUGUAGAAUUUCUUCAGGAGACUCUCGCCAAGGACUUUUUCUUCGAGGAUGAUUUUGUAAUAGAACAACUUCAGGUUUCUAUGUCAGAACUAAAACGGGCAAAAUUAGAUCUCCCAGAACCUGGUAAGGAGGAUGAAUAUCCAAAGAAACCCUUGGGGCAGCUUCCUCCUGAACUGAAUUCCCCUUGUAUUAAUCAGUUGAGUAAUGGACAAAGAAAUGUUGGCAGGCCCAGCCUCCAAACAAGCAGCAGAAAAGAAAGUGGAUCACCUCACAAGAAACAUGAGCAUUCCCCCACCCAUCACAGCAGAACUGGUACCCCAGAAAGAGUCGGGCAACCAAGACACAAGUCAGUGGGUGAGGAUAGUAAAAAUCUGAAGCAAGAGGCAGAUUUUCAGAGAAAGCCUUCAUCGGGUCCACAGGAUAGUUCCAGGCACUAUAACCAUGCAGCUGCUAACCAAAAUAGCAAUGCAAUUUCAAACAUCAGAAAGGAAUUUAUGCCCAAAUGGAAAAAACCGUCAGAUGCCUCAGCAUUUGAAAGAACUGCUAAAUAUGCCAUUGAAGGCAAAAGUCACUCAGUGUAUCCCACUCCUGCGGUUGCCAUCCCAAGUUCUGCUGAGACCCGAAUGUCAAACUCAAGGCAAAAGAUGAAGGUUUUUGAUGGCAGCGAUGGGAAGCGGGGCUCUAACGCUUCACAGUAUGACAACGUGCCUGGGAGUGAAAAUGAAAAUGGAGCAUCUGUGGAAGAGACCCCAGAACGGACUCACCCUCACACUCCAAGGAAGCACACUGAGACAGGUUCCAGCCCAUCAAAAGUACCCAACAAGUUUACUUUUAAAGGGCAGCCUCCCAGCCAUGUAAGAUACCCGUCCCAGUUAGAAGGAGAGGAUCACAGGGCUGGGUAUCCACCCUCCUACAGCAACCCCCCUGUUUACCAUGGAAAUUCUCCAAAACACAUCCCUGUUGCCCACAGCAGCUUUGUGUCCCCACAGAUCAGCCCUGGGACUCAAAUUAAUCCUUCCAGGAGACCAUAUGGUUCUUCUCUUUCAGUUGAUAUUUCUCCAGAGAAAUCUUAUAGCCGCCCAACUCCUGUUGUUCUGCCAUCUAGUCGAAUUGAAGUUCUUCCCAUUGACAUUGGUGCCGGGGGAUAUGCAGGCAGUUCAGGGUCACCAAAGAAUGGAAAGUUCAUCCUUCCUCCAGUGGAUUAUUUACCAGAGAACAGAAAAUGGUCAGAAGUUAGUUAUUCAUACAGACCUGAGAUGCAUGGACAAUCAUGGACUCGAGAUGCUAGCCGUAGCCACUUAAGCAAUUUACCAAAAUACGCAGCCUUUCAACACGUACAUUUUCAGGACCACGGCCUUCCAGAAGUGUCUGUAGACAGUCCAGUGAGGUAUAAAAUUUCAUCAGCUGUGGAAGAUGCCAGUCCUCCUGGUUAUCAAUAUACAGGUCCCUCACCUGCAGCACAUCACUACAGAAAUAGAGAGGGACUUUCUACUCAGGAAUCAGUAUUGCUGUGAGAGUUUGGCUGUAUUCCCUGAAGACAAAAGAAUAGAAACCAUAUGUAACCACAUUGCUAUGUUUAUAAUUGCCAAAGCAGUAUUUUCUACUAUUGUAAAGAUAACUCAUGCAGUUCCAUUGUGUGUCAGUAAAAGGCUGUGUGGAAAUGCUUCAUCCCCACGUAGAUGCUGCUGAAGAUGAGUGUUCAGUUGCAUUGUCACCAAAACUUUAAUAGGAGAGGAACCUGGAAACAUAGCAAUAGCAUUUAGGGAUGCACACACAGUGAGGUUCUUUUUUUUUUUGGUUUUUCGAGACAGGGUUUCUCUGUGGCUUUGGAGGCUGUCUUGGAACUAGCUCUUAUAGACCAGGCUGGCCUCGAACUCACAGAGAUCCGCCUGCCUCUGCCUCCCAAGUGCUGGGAUUAAAGGUGUGCGCCACCAACGUCCAGCCACAGUGAGGUUCUUUAUGUUGUUUAUUCGUGUCUUCCUUCAGACCUGGAUGUUUUCACUCUGUGAUACAUCUGCUCUGACUUCUGUUAGAAAGCACUGAGACAUCAUAGAGACGAUGUUCUGAAGGCUGUCCCUCAUUUUUUAAUAGAUGUGACAAGCACCCCUGCAUACAGAUUUUGAUCACAGAACUUAGAAAUGCUUUUUAAAACUACAUUUAAUCUAGAUCCAUGAAAUAAUCAUGUUUUUUCCCCGCCUUAUCUUUCUGCCCUCCCUGCCCUUGUUAUACUUUAACUUAGGUUCUAAACUGAAACUGAUUUAAAAAAUUUGUCCUGACUUUAUGCAUCCUACAUCUCACAGAAUGGCAUUCUCCUUCAGUUACUGCCAUUUUAUCUCUACCUGAAAAUUAAAGACACUGGGGAGAAAGGCUAACCACUUAAUGGUGCUUAAAAUAUGGGUCAGUUAGCUUGAGUGUGUGACUGUGACACAGUACUGUCUGUGUCCUCUUCCCUCCAGCGUCUCAGUGCCCUGUGCCCUUGGCUCGGGUCUGGCCCUUGCACAGCAUUGGCCUGCUCCUUGCCAGGUGCAAGGGGCUGGCCGCAGGAGGAGUUGGAAGUCACAGACCUUGCAAUACUCUGGGCAGUGGAAGGUUGCUUUUCAAGUUCACUUGAAAGCAGCAUUAACCAUAAUGCUCCUCCGCUCUCCACUUCAGUUUCGCAGGGCCCCAGGGGAACCAUUCCCAUGGCCCUUUUCUGCCACUCGGUCUUUACUGAGUACUGUGGAUGGAUAGCGCUACACUUACUGGGCCAUUACAUUAUCCUCGUAAUUAUUAAUAAGCAUCUAGAAUUUUGAUUUUUAUAAAAAUACAUAGUAUGUUUCAUAGUUUUUGAGAAUUUUUUCAAUGAAAAAAUUAUUGAGGUUCAUGGUUUUAAAAAAAUUAAAAUAUGCUAUCAUACACUACUGUUACCAAGACUCUGACAAAAUACUGGGUUCUCUAAGAGAGAGUGUCUCUGUCUGUGUGAAUGUCCAUCCCAUAGUUAUCUUCUUGUAUCUGAAUAUCAGAAAGUAGAAAGUCAAACAGUGAUGGUCCCCCUCCUGCACGAUGGGGAUUUAAGCAUUUAAGGUACAAGAAUAUGUGUUAAGGUGAAAGUAUCAUUUGUUUAGCUAGCGAACGUGACAAUAUUUUGUAUGUAUAUAAUGAUUCUAAUGUAAUUUAAUCAACGUGGUAAUGAUGCUAGGUGUGGAAACAAAUGCAGUAUAUUAAAGGUGAACGCCACACUGAAAUUCCAACUCCUGAUAACAUAACCAGGCUCUUGAUUUAGAUCAUGUGGAAGGUGAGAAAUAAAUGUAUGUAGAAAUGUAGUUGAGGAUAUUAAUGACAGUUCUUAAAGUAUGACUCUGUGACUUAUAAGGACCAAGCUGUACAAUUUAGUUUGUGAUGGCAGUAUCUGUGCCUCUCCAGAAAGUAUAUAUCAUAGUCAUAUAAAUAAUGUAGAUUAUAUAUAUAUGCAAUAUAUAUAUAUAUACACAUACUAUUUUCUUAUGUCAUUUAUGGCAUUUUUAUCUGUAUACUUUUUGAUGUGAUUGUUUUUAACAUGUUAAAAGUAAUACACAUAUUUUGUUCUGUGUCUUCUAUGUGCAGUUUUCACGUGGCAGGUGCUUUGUCCUGGUGUUUGCAGGGCCAAGCAGAUGUCUUCUGUGCUUACCCACAGCAUUUUACAUUUGCUGCAGUUCUCUGCUCUCAGCUCCAGGGAGACCAUGUUUAGACCCACAGCACCUUUCCUUGGUUUAAGUAUUACUAAUGGCAGCAAGGCCUUCCGCUCUAGGAAAUGUGUCUUUGUUAGUUUUUAAGUAGAAAAUUUUAAUUUAAAAUUAUUUUGCCACUAUACAAUUUUAUUAUUUUAAAUUUAUUUUUAAAUAAAAGAAAUGAUAAGAGAAAUAAUAUUGGCAAAGUGAAUCAAAAUAUAUGUAUAAAAUACAUUUGCUGAAGACAUUCUAGGUAUAGCAGCCAUGUAACUGCAUGCCCAUAGUGUGUGUGCCAUUGUUAAGUCUUCCUUCAUGUUACCUUGCCCAGCAGGAUGAGUGAGCAUUUGGUUCCCCAAGAAUGAGUUCUCCUGAUCUUUAGACUUAGCUAGUGAGCUUCAGUUUUUGGUUUUGCUUUUGUUUUUUUCUGCUCAAGUCUUACCCCAGACCGCUUAAAUCAUAUCUUAGGUAGAACCCAGGUAUCAGAUAACUGUGUUUCCCUCGUGUCUUAAUGCUUUUAUCUUAAAACUCUCUUUAAGAAAAAUGCCCACCAAGUUGUCUUAUGUUUCCAUUGUGGGAUAUUGUGGUUUAUUGUUAUUUUUGUUUUUGAAGACAGUCUUGCUAUGCAUUCUGUUUGACCUGAAACUUCUUUGUGUACCAGGCUAACCUUGAAACGGAGGUCAUCUUCCUGCAUUAGCCUCCAAAGUGCUGAGAUCACAGGCAUGCACCUCCAUCUUACUCAGCACAGGGCUUUUGUAGUGUGGGUGUUGUUUGAAUGGUGGGGAUUGAAUGCAUGGUCUCAAAUGCAAACACUACUGGUGAACUAGCUUUUAAAUUCUGUGAGGUCAGACAUUUCAGAGUUUAACAAAUGAUGUCAGGAAAAUUAGGAAAAAGUCCCCUGGCAGCAACAUUAUCAGCUGUUUGUAAAUUUUAUGAACUUCUAGUCACAACUGAAUAGCUUCAAGGAAGGAGGGGUACGACCCUCUCCCUUCCUUCCUGACUGCUUACCCCACCUUUACAGUAGGGGCUGAAGACCGCCAUUUUCUUUUAGUGGCCCACUUUUCAAAGCCCCAGCUGCUUAAAGAUCAAAGCCAUGAGAAAACCCAGGUCUAGCUUCAUUUGACCAGUCAACAUCGGAGCAGUAGAACUAAGGGACUGUAUUUUGGACUUGAGAACAUGAAAGGAUUCUUUUGAGUGCACAGAUAAUCCUGAACAGUUGCCACCUAACAGUCUUACUAAUUCUUCUAAUGUGUGAGCAUCCAAUGUCUGUCUGCUUUCAGUUGUAAUUUCAGUGUUUUCUGGGUUUGGGGUGUAUAUGUGGUUUUGUUGUUUUUAACUACAACUUCUUUUCUAGAACUGUUGCUGUUUUAUUCUGCGUCAUCAGAGUUAUUUUCUUCAGACCCUGUUCCCUGAAACCUGCUCUACCACUGAAGGGGAGGAAGGGUCAGGGCUGGAGUGUUGGGGAGUUGGAGAUUUGGGACCAGCAUCCUAUCAUUCCAUCAAAAGAAUUCUUGAGUCUGUUUUAGUUCAGUGGCAACAACAUCUGUUGUGACAUGUGAGAUUUGAGGAUGGGGCUUGAUAGUUAUCAUCAUCUGAUAGGCAUGAGCUUAUUCCAGAGAGAAUUGGAACUUUGCCAGCAUAAGGGAACAAAAGUCAUCAGAGAGCACAUGCCCUGGAGAAGAUGGUUGAGCAAAGCAGUCACCCACAUAGCAGAGUUAUCUUUGAGAAAUGGCCACAGUGUUCUGUGUGGGCUGGAGGCUCUUAGAUCUACAUGGUAGUCUGAGUUUCCUAUUCAGUGAUUGUGUGACAUGGGACAAUGCCCAUUCCCUUUCCUGUCCUCACUGUCUUCGACUGCAUCAUAUGGACAUUUGGGAGGUAUGGGUGGAAGAGAAGACAGCCAUGAUUUGAUUAUUUGAGUGUGACAGGAGUUAAUAGUGAUCGUGGUUUGAGUUUUCUGUCUGUGCCAGCUGCUAUGCUAAGUCCUGCUAGAAGAAACUGAUGUUGCAGUCCCUUCAUGGAGCCUCCAUUCUAACCUACUUCCUCACCCAUGAAAAGAACUCUUGCUUUGUUUUGUUUUCCUAUUUCCUAGGAUUGAAUUGAUUGGUCUAAAGUGCUUGGUGCAGUGUCAUAAACUAAUACCAUGUUGUUAUCUGUGAUUACAUGCCACCAUAGCACUAAACUUUAGUGGUCAGGAGGGAUUUGACCUUGCUUCCAUGGGGUUGAGAAUCUAGCGAGAAGCCCAGGGAUAAAGGCAGUCAACUUGCAUGUGAUGUAAGAGGAAAAACAUGGUUGGGACAUGAGAUGGUGUCAGCCUCUCACUGAUGGUGGUGGUAUAAAAUGCAGCAGGCAUGCCCUUCGAUGUUGGGCUGAAAAGUCUGUUUGAAUUUGAUCAGGAGGAGUGCUUGCUGACCUGCUGUCCUCCUAGAGCCACAGUCUUGGCAAGCACAAAUGGGAGGCGGCAAGCCUCUUGUAGGGUUUGGAUGAGACAAGAUGGACAGCUACUGAAAUGAAGGAUGAGGUAAGCCAGGAGCAGAGGAGGAAUGUACUGUGGCGAAAGACAAUGGAGAGAGCUUUCUCUGUGGGUUGCCUUUUCUUCUGGUCCAGUUCCUUCUUGUACUCAGAAGUAUUAAACACUGAUUAUUAAACCUUC